UAUGAGGGCUAUCGGCAAGAUAUAUAAAGUUUUCAGCUGAUAUAAAAGUACAACGGCGUUGUGAGAUAAAUUUAGAGAUCAUUUCGUGUUCGACUCUAGUGGUUUUACUUGUGCGUUUGUAAAAGUUAAAGUGUAAAUUGUUUAAAAUGAAGUACUUCUUGGUCUUUCUGGCUAUCUGCAGUUUAGUCAUCUCCUUUAGUGAGGCAGAAGAAUUUUUGGAGAAAGUUAAGAAAAUCGCUGAAGAAUGUAAAGUCCAAGUUGGUGCAAGUGAUGAGGAUGUAGCAGGAGUGUUCAAAUAUGAACCGGCAGCUAAUGACAAAGCAAAGUGUCUUAAUGCCUGCUGCAUGCAAAAACUGGGUAUUUUGGAUGAAAAUCACAAGCUGGUCGAAGCUGGAGCUAUAGAGUACAUAAAGCAGGUAGCCGCUGGGGAUGCAGAGUAUGAGAAGCAGAGCAUGGAGGUUCUUAACGAAUGCAAGAACACUCCGGAAAGUAGCAAUGAAUGUGAGUACGCUGAAGCUUUUCGUGUAUGCGUUAUCGAGAGUUCGAAGUCCAAAGGCAUUAAGAUUUUACCUCAAUUUGAAAAUAACGUGUGGAUAAUUAUAAACAUGAAGCUCUUUAACAUUUGCCUAAUUGUUUGUGUAGCGCUUAUAUCAAAUGCUAAGUGCGGUCACGAAGAGGCAAAAGCAGCUGCAGAGGAGUGUAAGGAUGAAGUUGGUGCAACAGACGAUGACGUUGAGACGAUUUUGAAGUUCGAACCAGCUGAGACUAUGGAGGCGAAAUGUCUGCACGCAUGCGUCAUAAAAAGAUUCGGUGUGAUGAAUGGCGAUGGCAAGAUUGAUAGAGAUAAAGCCAUGGAGGUUUUGACAAUUAUCACUAGUGGCAAUGAAGAGCAACAUGCCUUGGGCGUGGAAGUUCUAGAAGCAUGUGCUGACAUUGAUGUAAACGACGAUCAUUGUGAAGCAGCUGAGGAAUAUCGCACCUGCAUGCAUGCCAAAGCUAAGGAAAAUGGCUUUGUAAUGGGGCGUGUUUAAAUUUGAUUUAACUAGACGACAAACUUGGAUAUACAUAAUGGCGAUUUUGACUUAUAAAUUAAUAUUCAUUAACCAUAUUUUAAGUUCAACUGUUUUUCUGUACUAUCUGUUUUAAAAUUGCUAGAAAAGUGUAAUGGUUUAGUAAAUAAAAAUUUAUACUAACAUAGAA